AUGCAGUCCUCGAAACAGCCUCUCCGGCCCAAAUCCCUUAAUUGGGCUCACCAAUCACACACUUGCGUCUUCAUUCGCAAUUUGAAGCUGCUGCAACUUGAUCUUCAACCAGACUGGCCCGACAUUACUGUCCGCUCCCUUUCGCCCUCAUCGCAGAACCAGCGCCAGCGUAUUAGAGCGGUCGAAUGGGCUCUGUAUCACCUCGUAGCCCUCUGGGAUCCUAAACUUGCUCACGAUAAACUCCGCCCUUUCUACCCUCCGUUGGAACCGCUACAAUCGGUCAAUCUUCGUGCCGCCCUAUCUCGGGUGCUUUCUGAUCUGAAGAAGAAUGGCGACCUCGGCAGGGAAACAAUCUUCCGCAAGUCCAUGUUGGACGAUUGCAAAGGGGACAAGGUCGACGAGCUCCUGGCCGUCUUCUCCACCGCCGUCUUACGCAAGGUCCUGGCUUCGCCGAUGGACAGUCUGCCAAACCCCGCCGUGAGAUUGUCUAUGGCUAAGGGCAUCACCCCAGAUGAGUAUCAGCUGAUGCUUCCGCUGAUUCUUGCCCACCGUGUCUCUCUGGCCACAAUGGGUGAGCGUCGAUCCCGGAUUAUGGACGUUCAUGAAAAGUUCUCUCAGCUGCUGGACAGCAAGGAGACUCAGCUCGAUGAUCGUUCUAAAGAGGGGCCGCCUGAUCUUCCCAAGGAUGUCGCCAACCUCGAUGUGUUAGCGCGCGAGCUGAAAGAGAAUUGGAUGGGUAGCGAGGAGUGGGCUGAUACCCUGCUUCAGGGCGGCGCUCGCAGUAGCAGUGAUGCCUUCUUAGAGCUGCCGUUCGAAACAGCAUGGUCCAAGGCAAACGAGACGACUGUGGAGGAUCUGACCGUCAGCACGACACCCGACCUGCUGGUUGACUUGGAGUCCCGCAUCGCGCGUCAGCGCAAUCGGUUGCAGAAAUGGCGCGAGGUUGCCAGCUCCAUGCGCGAGAAAGACAGUGCUGGGUUCCAGACGGGAAAUUCAACAAACAAGGCGCCACUGGCCUUCAAGGAUCACCAGGCUCUCACCGUGGCCAGCAUCUCAAAAGCCGUUCGCCAGCCGCUAGCUCGAGCUGCUCCCCGACAAGACGACCAGGCACUUCUACACUCGAUGAAUGAAGCUCUUUCCCGCAUCGACGGUAAGCCUCGUUCUUCUGGACGAGCCGCUCCUCCACUACGUGUCCCUGCCAUGGAACCAACCAUCACAAUACCCUCCGACGCUGAAUCGGCCAAACCCUCGAUCUCACAAUACUCUAGACCUUCCUACUGUAAAGAAUUAAAGGAAAACGAGGCCGUCCCGUCACCGGGCCACCAAUCAACCGGAACAAGCUCGCCUACCGUUCAAAUCACCCCGGAUCCGGACGACGAACCCAAACACGACCCGCGCCUCAACACGUUCACCCUCGUCGAACGCACCCGCAAGUCCAUGUCGCUGCUUCCGCCCCCGAGCAGCCGGCACCCACAGCAGCCCCGUCGCUCGCGCAAGUCGCGUGUCUCCCUUCCCGUCAACCAGUUCGAAACACCCGAGAAACGGUCGCAGACUCGGGCAUCGACUCCACGGGACGAGCUGCUUGAGGAGGAGGCGGACUACAAUAGUGUGUUCAAGUCACGGCCACGCGUCGCGCAUAGUCCUAUUGCCUCGCCGGCGGUGCAUGUAACGCCCUUGGGGGAGUUUGAUCCGGAUGCAGAUGAGGACUCCACUGGGGACCUUGAGGAGAUGGAUCUGAUUGCUUCUCCGUCUGCUCGUGGGCGGAUAUGA